GUGUAUUUUCACGCUAUCAUUAACGCUCGGACGCUGUCACUCCAGCUCCGUCUGCUGCCUCUUUCUUUUGAUAUACGUUGAGACGCUGCUCCGUCCUGCCCCGCCCCGGGUUUUGUUACUGCUGAGCUCCGCCGGCGAGCUCCCCUCCGGCCCCCCCGCAAUAUGGCUUCAGACCCGACCUCGGCCCUGCUUCUGCUGCCACCGCCUCCGUCCGCCUCAUUCGACCAGUUCAAGGCCGCAUACGAGCCUAUCCUGGUGGCUGUCUGCUCCAAACUGGCCCAGCAGCUGGAUGGCGCCAAUCGCACCGCGAUCUUAGAUAUUGCCCUGUCGCUUCCGGGCCUUCUAUCCCCAUCAUGUCAGCCACAGACCAGAGCCUUUGCAAGCCUCCAGUCCUUCCUGGAAAGUAUCUAUCGGCUGAUUGGCAUUGUGUGCGUCGAGCUGGGCCUCGAGCUGGAUGGUCCAGGGGGCAUCACUGCCCGAGUGAUUUUGCUCGAUUUUGAUUCGGUGCAGACUGCAGCCGUUACCACGGGCCACCCCCGCGAUGGCCCCAUCGUGGACCUGCAGACGCUGGCCCAGUCCGAGAGGCCGUGGGAGCGCGUCUACUACCCGGAUAACCAAGUAGGUCGGAAUCUGGCGGCAGCCUUCAGUAGCUUUCAGUCGCAGACCAAGGAUCCCAAUGCCGGUUCUAUGCAUGCAAUCCCCGACGCGCCCAACUGGUCUUUCCCGGACUCCCUGCUGGCCCUAGAUGAUGCCAAGGAGUUCAAUGCACAUUAUUCGGUGGCUGUAGGGGGCACCUUUGAUCAUUUCCACAUCGGACACAAGCUCCUGGUCACCGCUACCGCAUUGGUCUUGCAGCCCGCGGAAGAGGCCGAGCCGGGCAGAGAGCGCAAGAUCACCGUCGGGGUGACGGGAGAGGGUCUGCUAGCGAAGAAGAAGUACGCGGAGUUCUUGGAGAGCUGGGAUGAGCGCUGUGAGACCACGGGGGCAUUCCUCCUGGCCAUCAUGGACUUCCGCCCCCCAGACGCCAGCGCACCACGGAUUGAGCGGGCCAAUGGGCCUGGACCCGAUGGCAAGUACAUCCGGAUGCACGUCCGACCCGAUUUGAUCUUCCAGAUGGUGCAAAUCACCGAUCCUUUCGGACCUACCAUUACCGACGAGGGCAUUAGCGCCCUGGUGGUGUCCAAAGAGACUCGCGCCGGGGGAGCAGCCGUCAACGAGGAGCGCGCGCGGAAGGGGUGGGAGGGCCUGGAGGUGUUUGAGGUCGAUGUACUGCAUACGGGAGAGGUCCCCACCGAUGAUGUCGAGAAUUUCGCGUCCAAGAUAAGCAGCACGGAUAUCAGACGGCGUCGGAUGGAGAUGGCGAUGGCGACCCGGUAAUUAGCGCAGGGAACUGGCGGCGUGCGGGCAGCUGUUCUAUCCAGUCGUCCGGCUCUGGCCCUGGACAGCUGUCCUGAAACGAGAGAUGAGUGACGUGCAGAUAUGGGGAUGAUUGGGCACGGCAGGAUCCUGUACAUACAUACAUCGUCGGCAUCACCACCAGCUUGGGCCCGCAAGGCGAAAUGACGCAUCCACCGUACUGAUGGUCUUGUCGCGACGGUUUGAAGGUCUUGCUAGAGGACGCGCGGGCGCGCAGGGAGUUGGGGGUUUGGGAUUGUGUAAAUCGCGAGUCGCUGCAUGUAUAGAAAUGUU